AGCAAGUUGUUCCCAAGCACAAAUUAGUAAAUCCUUAGGCCCCAUCUUGGCUUCCUUCCCCUCUCACUAGCUAGUUGUCUUCUCAAUAUUUUUCUUUGUAAUCCUUGUCCAAUGGCUUCUUUUAUUAGCUCCAAGAAUGUGGCAAUCCUAGCUCUUGCUCUUGCCCUCUGUGUGCAAGGCAUUGUAGGUGGAGCAAUAGAAUGUGAGAAUCUCAACAAGGACUCGUGCGCUUUCGCCGUUUCGUCUUCUGGAAAGCGAUGCGUGCUGGAGAAGAGCGUGAAGAGGAGCGGGGAGGAAGCCUACACAUGCCGCGCAUCAGAGAUCGAGGCCGAUAAACUGAAGGACUGGGUCGAAACUGAUCAGUGCAUGGAUGCUUGCGGGCUGGAAAGGUCCGUGCUUGGAAUCUCGUCGGACUCUCUCCUCGAGGCCCAUUUCUUGCAGAAGCUUUGCUCAACCCAGUGCUACAACAGCUGCCCCAACAUUGUGGACCUGUAUUUCAAUCUUGCUGCUGGUGAAGGAGUAUUUCUUCCCAAAUUAUGCGAAACCCGAGGCGAAAAUGGACGUCGGGGACUGGCUGAGUUCAAAAGCUCCGGAUUCGUUGCACCUGGACCUGCAGGUGUCCACCCGGUGAAAUUCACGGUUGCUCCGAUAGUUGCCCCAGCUCCCGAUGAAUACUAGACUAAAAUCUAGAUAUAAGUAGUUUGCAAUAAGCAAGUCUUUUAGUGACUGCAGGUAAUGGGAUUGGAGUGUGUGUGUGUUUUUUUUCGGUGUAUGUUUGUUACCGCUUGAAUUGAUCGACGUACGAGUCAUGAUCAAUCAGACAUGCAAACAUGAAUAAAGUGAUUUCCGAUAGUCAUUAGGAAGACACAUGCAACACUUGUUCAAGGGGUUAUACCCUGUCAUGUUUAUAGGAAGAACAUGUAAUAGUGUAAUAUGGAUUUGGCUGAAAUAUAAAGAAUGUUUGGUUUA